AUGCGAGAUCCGGGUCCUCGCAGCAACCGCACCCCAGGCGACCCGGGCAACACGCAAAUGGGGCUUGACGGGGGUUCGACAGCAGCUGAGCAGCAUGUGCAGAUUGAAAGCGUGUUCGGGCUUUCCACACCCUGCGCCGGCACGCUCGCGUUGUGCCCGGCACCGACAGCACAGCAGCACCUGGCGGCAUUCCCAGCGGGCUCAUGCGUUGUGGUGUACGACACCGCCGCACGACGGCAGAUAUCCGUGCUCCGCUCGCAAGCCACCAGCCGGCCUGUGGCAGUUGUGGCGUGGUCCCCGGAUGGCAGCCACUUGGUGGCGGGCGAAGCGGCUGGGGCCGGCGGCGCAGCGACAGUGCAUAUCUGGAAUGCCGAAAGCGGCGCAUGCACUCAGCAGCUCAGGGGCCAGCACAGGCACGGCGUUGGGUCGCUCUGCUUCUCGCCCGAUGGCAAGCUGCUGGCGAGCACGGGCGCCUCCCAUGACGGGCAGGUGUGCCUUUGGGACUGGAGGUCUGGGCAGCUGCUGGCGCGGCAGGGGCUGCAGGGCGAGGCGGCGGCUGCCGUGUUUACGGAGGACGGCCUCAACCUUGUAGCAGCGGGCAAGGGCACGUACAAGGUGUGGGCGAUCUCUGAAGGCUCUGGUAGCAGCGGUGGCGCGCCCCUUGCAGCAGGCGCCCGCGCUCGUGGUGGUGGUGGCGGCGGCCUCGUCCUGACAUCCAAGCCGGUGACCCUCAAGGACCACCGCGCCGCGGCCUUCGUCGCCGUCGCUGCGGCGCCGGCGCCGGCCGGGCAGCUGCCGGGCAGCUGCGGGGUGUACGCGCUGACGGCGGCGGGCGUGCUGGUGCUGAUGCGGGCGACCGCGCGCAUGCCCGACAAGGCUGUCGACCUGCAGGUGCGCUCAGCGGAGAUUAUGCGCCACCAACCGUCUAAUCAUACAAUCCAUCAUGCUAGCGGACAAUAA